AUGGAUCCCUCUCUUCUAUUUCCUGAAACACAUCUCCAACCUUUGCCUUCGGAUUCGUCUUCUAAGAAGGUCACGCCUCAUCCUCAAGGGAAGUCUUUUGCCUCAGCGGUUGCAAACAGUGUUUGUGAUAUUCCUCUUAGUCAGCUCCCCAUCCCUUGUCUUAAAGGGGACAGGCUUGCUAUUACGAUUCCAGAAGAUGAAUACAAACUGGGGGUGGAUGCUUGCAAACAUCAUCUUCAUGGAAGGGUUGUCUGGUCUAAGGGAGCUCCUCCAUUGACCGUGGUUAAUCUGAAAAACAAGUUAAUGCAACUUUGGCCAUCGAUUGGGAAAUGGGGUGUAACUUCCUUGGGAAAGGGUUUCUUUGAGUUCUCCUUCUCCUCCUUGGAGGAUGUUCAAAGGGUGCGAUCGGUUAAUGCCUGGUCAAUUCCUCAAGGAGUGCUCAAGUUGUUCCCCUGGACCAAGGAUUUUGUUCCAUCCACUUUAAAACAGACCUCUGCCCAGGUCUGGAUACGAAUCCAUGGCUUAUCUCAGGAGUAUUGGAGACCUCGUAUCCUUUUUGCCAUAGCUAGCAGCAUCGGAACACCCAUCUGUAUUGAUUCCGCAUCCAAUAUGUCUGCUUUUGACAGGCCUUUUGGACAUUUUGUAAGGGUGCUGGUUGAUUUAGAUCUUACUAAAGACCUAAGUCACAAAAUUCUUGUUGAAAGGGUGGGCUUUGCCUUCUUUGUCGAUAUUGAGUAUGAAAAAAUCCCGGAGUUCUGCUCAUAUUGUUCAUGUAUUGGUCACUCUGUGGCUAAUUGCAAAAAGAAAGAGAUGAACCAAGGUAAGGGUAAAGUUUACCUUGCCAAAACUGAUAAAGCUUCGAAUGUUUCUGCAGGAAAAACACCUCCCAUGGAUGAAGGCAAAAGCCAGAAGGACAAGAGUCAAGGGCCUGAGCAGAACACAAAUGAUGAAGUCAAUGAAGAGGAUUUGAAUUCUGAUCCUGUCCUCUUGGAAGUGAUAAAAGAGAAUGCUAUUGUUCCUGUAUCUCAGAAUAAUAUUGAACAGUCUAAUUCUGAUGUUCAUAUUGAUGUCACACAAAUGAUUGACCUUGUCCCUGAAACUCAAGUGAAUCAGCUGGAAAAUAACAUGGUGAAAGAAUUUCUUCAAAAUUCUUGGGAUAAUAUGGCUGAUGGUAUUAGUGACGAGGAGCUUGGUUCUGACUGCAUCCCUGAAAAGGAGUUCCAGCAGAUCCUCUUUUGGAACAUUAGAGGCAUUGCUAAUAAGGCCUCUAGGUUGGCCCUUAAGAAUUUAAUUCAGAAUAAUCACCCUAACUUAGUUUGUAUAGCUGGGCCUUGGAUGGACUUUGAGAAAUUUCCUCAAAGAUGGCUUCAUAGGCUUGAUUUCAAGGAUUUUGCUUUUAAUAAGAGAGACAAUCUCUUGCCUAAUCUAUGGUGUUUUUGCAAAUCCAACUUAAACCCUAAUGUCCUUGAAAUUGAUGAUCAACAUAUUAGUUUCACUUUAAAUGUCUCUAACAAUAUCAUGGGUUUCUCCGUGGUUUAUGCUUCCACUAGCUAUGUGAUUAGAAGGAAUCUCUGGAAUGCCCUGAAGCAGACUCCUACUGGUGUUCCUUGGUGCUAUAUUGGUGACUUCAAUGCCAUCAUUAGUGCUGAGGAGCAUAAAGGUAGGUGUGCUCCUGCCAAGGUGCCUAUGGCAGAUUUCUUUAACUGGUCUAAUAAUCUUAAUCUCAUACAUUUGCCUACUACUGGUAAUCAAUUCUCUUGGAAUAAUGGUAGAAAAGGCCUUUGCUUGACUGAAAAGAGGCUGGACAGAUCCAUUUGUAACAUGGAUUUGUUGAACAAUUGUAAUUUAGUUGUUUGCAACACCCUUACCAAAAUAAGAUCUGAUCAUUUUCCUAUUAUGCUAACUUGUGAUUUUGAAAAGGUGCACUACAGUUCUCAGUUCAGGUUUCUAAAAAUGUGGACCUCCAGCAUGGAGUGCCUUCAGGUGGUCAAGGAUUCUUGGAGCACCAAUCUUGUGGGAUGCCCUAUGUUCAUCCUUGAUAAAAAGCUAAAAAUUCUGAAAAACAACUUGAAGGUUUGGAACAGAAAUAAUUUUGGUGAUGUCAAGGUCAAGGUCAAGAAUGCAGAGGCACACCUUCAGAAUAUUCAAAUGGAAAUUGCAAAUUCUGGCUACACUGAUGACUUAAAGGAAAAGGAAACCAAAGCUCAAUAUGAUAUGGAGGCUGCUUUGAAUAUUGAAGAGGAAUUUUGGAAAGAGAAGGCUAGAAUCAAAUGGCAAAGUGAUGGUGACAGGAACACCAAGUUCUUCCAUACUUAUGCCAAUAUAAAGAGGAAAACAAAUCUUAUCUCCUCCCUAAGGAUCAAUGACUCCAUUGUCACUGACAAGAAUUCCCUGGAGAAUCAUAUUGUGGAGCAUUUUCAAAAUCUUUUCAAUAACAAUGCUGUUCUUCAAGAGGACAGCUCUCUGCAUAAUGUGAUCCCUAACAUGAUCUCUGACCAAACCAAUGCCCUGCUCACUAUGGUUCCUACUGAAGAUGAAAUCAAGCAUUCUGUGUUUAGCCUCAAAGCUGACUCUGCUCCUGGCCCUGAUGGUUUUGGUGGUUCUUUCUAUCAUCACUAUUGGGAUAUUAUUAAAGGAGAUGUUACUAACGCUGUGUCUCAAUUUUUUCUGCAUGGUUGGAUUCCAAAGGGCUACAAUGCUAAUUCAAUUGUACUCAUUCCUAAAUCUAAGGAUGCUGAAACCUUGAGUGACUACAGACCUAUUGCCCUUGCUAAUUUCAAGUUCAAGAUCAUCACCAAAAUUCUGGCUGACAGGCUUGCUUCCCUUCUUCCUUCUUUGAUUUCUUUUGAGCAAAAAGGGUUUAUUAAGGGCAGAAAUAUCAGGGAUGGCAUUUGCCUAACCUCUGAAGCUAUUAAUUUGCUUAAUAACAAGAGCUUCAGUGGUAACAUAGCUUUGAAAAUUGAUAUAACCAAAGCCUUUGACUCUAUUAGUUGGAAGUUUAUUCUUAAAACUCUUAAUAGCUUUGGCUUUAGUAGUAUUUUCUGCAAUUGGAUAUCUAUAAUCCUUCAUUCUGCUACCCUUUCCAUUAACUUCAAUGGUAAAUUGACUGGCUACUUUAGUUGCUCGAAUGGGGUGAGACAAGGAGAUCCCUUGUCUCCCUUGCUUUUUUGCUUGGCUCAAGAGGUGCUUAGUAGAAACAUAACCUCUUUGGUUAGUAGCAAUCAAUUCAAUAGGAUUCAAGCUACUAGGAAUUGUUUUGUUGAUUCACACACCAUGUAUGCUGAUGAUAUAAUGAUAUUCUGUAGAGGUGAUCAGAAAUCCUUGUCUAAUAUUUCCAAUCUGCUCAAUACUUAUGCUGAGCACUCAGGUCAGUUUUGUAGUAAACAUAAAAGUCUCAUAUAUGCUGGGGGGAUGUCUAGCUCUAGGCAUAAAAUUCUGGCUGAUAUUAUUGGUUUUAAAAUGGCUUACCCUCCUCUAUUAUAUCUUGGUGCUCCUAUAUUUAUUGGUAAGCCCAAGGCAUCUCAUUUUCUUUUCUUGGCUGACAAGAUCAAAUUAAAACUGGCAGCUUGGAAGGGUAGUAUGUUGACCAUGGCUGGGAGAGUCCAGCUUGUAAAAGCAGUUAUUCAUAGCAUGUUGAUUCAUUGUAUGACUGUCUACUACUGGCCCUCAAGCAUUAUAAAACUCAUUGAUAAAUGGAUUAGAAACUCCAUAUGGAGUGGGAAUAUGGAUAAGAAGAAGCUUGUCACUGUCAAGUGGAAGACUUGCUGCACUGGCUACAAGGAGGGGGGUCUGGGCCUGAAGUCCAUUAAAAUAUUCAAUGAUGCCACCUGCUUGACUCUUGGCUGGAGCUUUCUUCAGAAUCAACACAGCUGGGCCUCUGUGCUGGCUGCUAGAGUUAGAAGGAAAAACAGAUUCAUUAAUUACUCUAUCAAAUCAUCUAUUUGGAGCAGCAUUAAAGGCAACUUAUCCAUGAUCACUGACAACUGCCAAUGGCUGAUAGGAGAUGGAAGCAACAUUAAUUUCUGGCUGGAUAACUGGUACGGGGAACCCCUUGUUGAUGUGUUUAAAAUCCCGAGUGUUUUUCAUCAAUCUCUUCAGGUGAAGGUGAAAGACUGGUUCACUAAUGGCAGUUGGGUAAUUCCUGGAAAUGUGCUCACUGCAUUCCCCGAGCUUAUCAAUAUCACAUCUAAGAUUUCUUCUACUGCUGAGAAAGAUACUCUUAUUUGGAGGGCUGCUGAGGAUGGUAUGCUAACUGUCAAGCUUGCUUAUGACUCCAUCUUAAAGCCUCAUCACUCUCAGAAAUGGCUCUCUUUCCCUUGGCAUCGUGAUAUUCCUCCUUCUCAAUCCAUGGUUGUUUGGAGACUGAUUCACAAGAAAAUGCCCUCUGAUGACAAUCUCAAGAUUAGGGGCCUAUCUUUCCCUUCCAUGUGCUCUCUGUGUAAGUCUUCUGAAGAGAGUGCCUUUCACAUUUUUUUUGACUGUACUUAUGCGAAGAAGCUUUGGAAAUGUUUGGCUGUCAAGUUGCAAUUUCAUAGCUUUCACAACUUUGAAGACUGUCUGAAUUGGAUUCAAAGGAGCUGGUCGAACCAAGCCAAGGUGGUAUCUUUUGCCAUCAUUAUUAACAUGAUACACCAUAUAUGGAAAGCUAGGAAUUCUGCCAGGUUUGAGGACACUCAAAUAUCUUUUGAAAGAUGUUGCUCUAAUGUUACCACUGCAGUGAGAUUAAUAGGGAAUUCUUCUACCAAUUGCUCCAAUUCUGAUAUGGAUAGUUUCCUGCUCCUCAAGUCUUUUGACAUCAACAUUCGCCCGAGGAAGCCUUCUUGUACGGUGGAAGUUAUCUGGUGCCCUCCUCCUCUUGGUUGGGUAAAAUGCAACAUUGAUGGUCUGGCCAAAGGCUCUCCUAUGCUUAGUUCCUGCGGAGGUAUCUUUCGCAACCAUAAUGCGGAUCACUUGGGAAGCUUUUGCGAGUUUUUGGGUGAUGGUAACUCGGUAUCAGCGGAGCUUUGUGCAGCUAUGCUUGCUAUUGAAAAAGCUUGUGUCUUUAAUUGGAAGAAGUUGUGGCUAGAAACCGACUGCACUGUAGUGGUUCAAGCUUUUUCCAAUCCCAAUCUCGUUCCUUGGAAAAUCAAGGCUCGUUGGCUUAAGUGUCGUGCGUAUACUUUAGAGAUGGAUUUCAUGAUCACGCACAUCUACCGUGAAGCCAAUUUUUGUGCCAAUUUUAUGGCUAACCUUGGUUUACUUUAUAUGAAUUUUACUUGGUUUUCUUCUUUACAUUAUGGUCUUGUUAGCAAUUUUUUGUUGGACAAAGAAGGCACCCCUAGAGUAAGAUUUUGUAUCUAA